GCGUUGCGCCACCAGUACUCCGCGGUGUUCCGGUGCGUGUGGGUGUUGCCCCGGUCGCUGCUUAUCGUAACUCUCGCCCACUGAACAGCUGUUUUUGAGCUGGUACGGGACAUCCGGUUUUCUGUUCAACUCUGCGAAGGGGCACGCCGCCAUGCAUCGGGUGCCGUCGCUGCUGACGCGGCUGCGGCCGGGCCGGACUGCGACGCCGUCGCUGGCGGCGCUGCGCUGGAAGAGCGCGCCGCCACCGCCGGCCGCCACCAGCGCCGCCGCCGCCGAGCCCUUCAUCAACGGCACCUCGUCCAGCUACGUGGAGGAGAUGUACGUGCAGUGGCUGCGCGACCCCGCCAGCGUGCACGUGUCAUGGGACGCGUACUUCUCGCGGGCGGCGGGCGGCGCGCCACCGGGCGCCGCCUACUCGUCGCCGCCGUCGCUGGCGACGCCGGCGGCGAACACGGCGCCUGUGACGGCGCUGGUACCGCAUGGUGCUGGCGCCAGCAGCGGCGUCGCGCGCGCUGCCACCGCCGACGAAAAGAGCAUUCAGGAUCAUCUGAGCGUGCUGGGCGUCAUCAGGAGCUAUCAGAUCCGGGGUCACCUGGUGGCGCGUCUGGACCCGCUGGAGAUCGAGCGAAAGCCGGUGGAAACCGCCUCGGAAAUCGUCGUCAGAGGAUACAUGAAGUCGUUCGACGAGCAGGACAUGGACACGGUGUUCCAGCUGCCCUCCUCCACCUUCAUCGGCGGCAGCCAGAAGGCGCUGCCGCUGGGUGAGAUCGUCAGCCGGCUGGAGCGGGCCUACUGCAGGAGCAUUGGCGUGGAGUACAUGUACAUCAACGACCUGGAGCAGUGCAGCUGGAUCCGGCAGCGGAUCGAGUCGCCCGGUAUACUGCAGUUCAGCAGCGACGAGAAACGGCUGCUGCUCGCCCGCCUCGCCCGCGCUUCGGGGUUCGAGUCGUUCCUGGCGCGCAAGUGGUCCUCGGAGAAGCGGUUCGGCCUGGAGGGCGGCGAGGUGCUGAUCCCGGCCAUGAAGCACAUCAUCGACAUCUCGUCCGCCAUGGGCGUCGAGUCCUUCGUCAUGGGGAUGUCCCACCGCGGUCGGCUGAACGUGCUGGCCAACGUGUGUCGGAAGCCGCUGGAGCAGAUCUUCUCCCAGUUCGCCGCGUUAGAGGUGGCUGACGAGGGCUCUGGCGACGUCAAAUACCACCUGGGCACGUACGUGGAGCGCCUCAACCGACUGACCAACAAGAACGUGCGCAUGGCCAUCGUGGCCAAUCCGUCCCACCUGGAGGCCGCCGACCCCGUUGUGCAGGGAAAGACCCGCGCCGAGCAGUUCUACCGCGGCGACAACGAGGGCAACAAGGUCAUGUCGAUCCUGCUGCACGGCGACGCGGCCUUCUCGGGCCAGGGUGUGGUGUACGAGACGAUCCACCUCUCCGACUUGCCCGCCUACACCACCCACGGCACCAUACACAUCGUGGUCAACAACCAGAUCGGCUUCACCACCGACCCCCGUCUCACCCGCUCGUCGCCGUACUGUACGGACGUGGCGCGCGUGGUGAACGCCCCCAUCUUCCACGUGAACGGAGACGACCCGGAGGCGGUGAUGCACGUGUGCAAGGUGGCUGCCGAGUGGCGCAACACCUUCCACAAGGACGUCGUCAUCGACAUCGUGUCGUACCGCCGCAACGGCCACAACGAGAUCGACGAGCCGAUGUUCACGCAUCCGUUCAUGUACAACAAGAUCAAGAAGACGCCCAACCUGCUGGAGAAGUACUCGCAGAAGCUGAUCGAGGAGGGAACCGUCACUGCUGACGAGUUCAAGGACGUCGUCAACCGUUACGAAAAGAUCUGCGAGCAGGCCUUGGAGGCCUCCAAGAAGGAGACGCAGAUCUACAACAAACACUGGAUCGACUCGCCCUGGUCCGGCUUCUUCGAGGGCAAGGACCCGCUGAAGAUGUCCACCACCGGUGUGGUGGAGGAGACUCUGGCCCACAUCGGCAGGCGGGUGGGUUCGGCUCCACCCAACGCCGUGGACUUCGUCAUCCACCGUGGGUUGCAGCGGGUGCUGAACUUGCGGCUUGAGAUGGUGGAGGAGCGGACGGCCGACUGGGCGCUGGCCGAGGCCAUGGCAUUUGGCUCACUGCUCAAGGAGGGCGUGCAUGUGCGCCUCUCGGGUCAGGACGUGCAGCGGGGCACCUUCAGUCACCGCCACCACGUCAUGCACCACCAGAAGGUGGACAUGGCCACGUACUGCCCGCUGCAGCACCUGUACCCCGACCAGGCCCAGUACUCCAUCUGUAACUCGUCACUCUCCGAGUUCGGAGUGCUCGGGUUCGAGCUGGGCUUCAGCCUCACCAACCCGAACGCGCUCGUCUGCUGGGAGGCGCAGUUUGGUGACUUCUGCAACACAGCGCAGGUGAUCAUCGACCAAUUCAUCGCCUCGGGCCAGGCCAAGUGGGUGCGACAGUCGGGCCUGACCCUGCUGCUGCCGCACGGCAUGGAGGGCAUGGGCCCCGAGCACAGCUCCGCCCGCCUGGAGCGGUUCCUGCAGAUGUGCUCCGACGACCCAGAGUACUUCCCGCCGUUCGCCGCCGACGAGUUCGCGAUCCGACAGCUGCACGACAGCAACAUGAUUGUGGCGAACUGCAGCAUGCCCAGCAACUACUUCCACGUCCUGCGGCGCCAGAUCUACCUGCCGUUCCGGAAGCCGCUGAUCCUGAUGACGCCCAAGUCUCUGCUCCGCCACCCGCGCGCCAGGAGCAGCUUCGACGACAUGCGGGAGGGCACCGAGUUCAGGAGGGUGCUGCCGGACGUGGGCCCGGCGGCCAAGUUGCCGCAGGCCGUGCGUCGGGUCAUCUUCUGCAGCGGCAAGGUCUACUUCGACCUGGAGAAGCGUCGCGAGGAGCUGGCGCUGCAGGAGCAGGUGGCCAUCGUGCGGCUGGAACAGCUGUCGCCGUUCCCGUUCGACGAGGUGAAGCAGCAGCUGGACCUGUACCCGGCCGACGCCGACAUCGUCUGGACGCAGGAGGAGGCCAAGAACAACGGCGCCUGGGCCUACAUUGAGCCGCGCUUCGAGACCACGGCCGCCCGGGCCAAGGUCAUCAGGUACGUCGGCCGCAGCUGCAGCGCCUCGCCGGCCACCGGCAGCAAGACGGCCCACGUCAAAGAGCUGGAUCAGCUGCUCGGCGACUCGUUCGGUGGCUUGUAGAGCGCGGCGCGGCCGGGAGGCGGCGGCGCGCCGCCUGGGGGUGCGUCACGCCGCCAGCC